AUGCGGCGUCCGUCCAGCGUCGGUCCCAUUCGGGAGGUUCCGUCCCCAGUGUCUGCCCGUGGAAGUCUCCCUCCCCGCGUGUUGUUUCUUACCGUAGCCCCUUAUGCAGACCCCCUCACGGCUGCAGCCAUUCCCCGGGCUUCCCCCUUCCAGCACUUGGCCCAUGGAAAGGCCUGGCAGGACAUUGGGGGACGCCCCGGACCCCCGCAUCACCCCACCCAGCAGAUCCACUGGGCCUUGGGGCGCGCAGCACUGCCCCCAGGGGCCCUAACAGUGGGCCUCAGCCCCGUGGUGCAGGCGCGGGCCCGGGUCUGCUCUCCCGUUGGGGCUGGGGGAGGAGGGGGGCAGGGCUGGCUGUGGGCCCAGGGCUCUCAUCUCUCCCCCGAGGCUCCCUCCCGGGCCUGGGCUAACUGGGAGUCGGGCCCUCAAGGGCAUCCCCUGCCCCAUGGGCAUCCACCCCAGCAGCCGCUCGGGGGCCGCCAGCCUCUGCCUGCCCCUGACUGGGCUGUCUCGCAGGCGAAGCUGGCCAAGAACUACGGCGUGACCCGGAUGGACCCGUACUGCCGCAUCCGGCUGGGCUACGCGGUGUACGAGACGGCGACCGCCCACAACGGCGCCAAGAACCCGCGGUGGAACAAGGUGAUUCAGUGCACGGUCCCCCCCAGCGUGGACUCUUUCUACCUGGAGAUCUUCGAUGAGCGCGCCUUCUCCAUGGAUGACCGCAUCGCAUGGACCCACAUCACCAUUCCCGAGUCCCUCAAACAGGGGAAAGUGGAGGACGAGUGGUACAGCUUGAGUGGAAGGCAGGGCGACGACAAAGAAGGGAUGAUUAACUUGGUCAUGUCCUACACGUCUCUGCCGACCGCCAUGAUGAUGCAGCCUCAGCCUGUGGUCCUGAUGCCCACGGUGUACCAGCAGGGGGUGGGCUACGUGCCCAUUACAGGGAUGCCCGCGGUCUGCGGCCCGGGGGUGAUGCCCUUGGCGGUGGCCCCCCCAGUGCUCAGCCCCCAGCCCCCGUGCAGUGAAGAAGAUCUGAAAGCCAUCCAGGACAUGUUCCCCAACAUGGACAGAGAAGUGAUCCGCUCGGUGCUGGAAGCCCAGAGGGGAAACCGCGAGGCCGCUAUCAACUCCCUGCUUCAGAUUGGGGAGGAGUCAUAGGGCCUUCCCUGGGGGCCACGGCCCCUCACUGCCCCCGCUCCUCCACCCGCCCCGUCCCCGGGCCCUCGUGUCCCCAGCUGCAGGCUCUCUUCGGUCACUUUGCAGAUGCAUGUGGGUCUUUCCAGUUAAUUGCCGUCUGUGCUGUUCUGUAGAGGUGGGAGAAGCGUCCUCUGUAUUUAUUCCCUCCCUGUGCCCUUCCCGGGGGCCACGGGGUCAGCGCCCUCCACCUCUGGCCCGGGGCGCUCCGUUACCCCCUGCCCUGGGCCGGAGAGGGGAAGCCCGCCCCGCCCCCAUCCCCGCCCCUUCCCGGGCUCUGCCCCUGGCAUGGCAGUGCCCGGCUCUGGCUCCCGAGGGUCCUCGCCUGUCACAAGGCCCGCCCCCCAGCCCGGAAGCAUGCCGCUUUGGGGAUCCGCCUCGGCCGGCGGAGAGCCCCCUUCCCGCUCCUACCGUCUCCUGCUGCUUUACUACUGAGGGGGCCGGAGCCCCCCGCCCUCAGCCAUGCCCAGGUCGGCCCCUUCCCUGUGGACAGGGCAGCCGCCCCUUCUGUGGGAGGGCGCGUCUGGGGGCACCCAGAAGUUGCGCACUUUAUGGCGGCCCGGCCUCUGUGCCGGGCCUCGGGGGAGAGGGGGAGUGGCUGGCCUCAGGCCUGGGAGGCCCUGGCUGCUCCCUGUCCCCCUCCGAGAACACCCCGUUCCCUGCUCAACGGGCUGUUGACUAUCAGAUCUGUUGCGUCUGGCGCGCGCUGGCGAUGGCGCAGCGGCGUCGGUCUCAGGACAGGACCAAAUGCUUUUGUGGAGCUUUUUUUUCAUAGCAGGGAAGGCAGUAGCCCCCCUCCCCUCCAGCCCCUCGUAAAAAGCGCUGAGAUUUCCUUUGAGGGCCAGAGCCUGGCCCCGAGUCACCACCUGGAGGACAGCCUGAAGAACAGGCGGCUGUGCCCUUGUCUGAGGCGGGGGCUGCCCUCCCUGCAGGGGCUGGGCCCGGGCACUCCCCUACAUGGGGCUCCCUGGGCCUGGGGUCGGUAGCAGCUUGGGAGGCAGAGACUGCGCCAUGAUGGGGCCCAGGAAGGACUUGGAGAAGGGUGAUGGGCUCUGCUCGCCGGGGCCUCCCGGGGCCCUUCCUGCCUCUGUGGGGAUGACCGGGGUCCUCAAGCGCUGCUUCGUGGCUGGGGUUCGGUGUCUGCAGUUUUUCUCUCAUUGUCACAUACGUUUUGGUCUAAUUUAAUAAAUGAUCAUCUACACGAAUACGAA